UGCUCGGGGCCAUAGCCGUCCUUCUGUUCGCCAUCCUGGUGGUGAUGAGCAUCUUGGCUUCCAAGGGCUGCAUCAAGUGCGAGGCGCCCUGCCCCGAGGACUGGCUGCUCUACGGAAGGAAAUGCUACUACUUCUCCGAGGAGCCGAGGGACUGGAACACGGGCCGGCAGUACUGCCACACCCACGAGGCCGCGCUGGCUGUGAUUCAGAGCCCAAAGGAGCUGGAAUUUAUGUUCAAGUUCACGCGGAGGGAGCCCUGGAUUGGCCUACGCAGAGUGGGAGAUGAAUUCCACUGGGUCAACGGGGAACCGUUUGACCCGGACACGUUCUCCAUCGCGGGCCCAGGGGAGUGUGUCUUUGUGGAGCCCACCAGGCUGGUGUCGACGGAGUGUCUGAUGACUCGGCCCUGGGUGUGCAGCAAGACGGCCUACACGUGAGGGCCCAGCUCCAGCCUCCCUGCGAUGCCUUCAGGACAGCACAGC